UACAGUCGCCCAAAUCUUUAACUGGUGUGCGGGAGCGGCGACUUUUCCGGGCGUCAGCGCCGUAUGACGCGGCGAGGCUGGAAACAGCCUAGUAGACGAUGGGCCCAGCUGAGCGCGCUUUGUCCGCAUGCGCUUAGCCUCAGACUGUUUCCAGCCUCGCCCCGUCAAACGGCGCUGACGCACGGAAAAGUCGCCGCUCCCGCACACCAGUUAAAGAUUUGGGCGACUGUACGUGUUUGCAACGACAGCAGCACGGCCACGACCACAUUGAAGAUGAUCGCAUUGGCGGCAUAACGGCACGACUUCUACGCCCGCCGUUCGACGUGAGCUUACGACGUGACAAUUCUCGGCUUCUACGUAGGUAGUGGCCGAGCGUAGGCGACGGGAAACACGGAUUGUGACGUCAUCAGCGCCUGCGUGUUGUGUAAUCAACGCCUACGGAGAAUUCGUUACGAGAAGAACGUCGACGAGCCAAGAGAACCGGCCUACCACCGUCUGGACGCCGCAUUCGAAGAAGGCGACGCCGGCGCGCUGCAGUUUGGGGCAAAGCCAACGCUUGCACUCGCAUACACGCACAGAGAACGAGAGAGAGGGCAACGAAGUGGUGGAGGGGAUUCUGGGGCGAUAUUCAUGCCCCGCCAGGAGGAGCUCCGCUACGCCUACGAGCACGCCAUGGAAGUCCACAACCUCAGAGACCCUCUCUUUGGCGUCACCACGCACACCGAAAUUGUUGACUCCGACGACCCCUACCAGACCUCGAAAAAACUGUGCACAAUAAUGAAGAACGGCACCUUCUCCAUCAUCGCGCCCACCACGGCCACGUCUUACGCCACCCUGGCGUCGUACGCCAACACUUUCCGGAUGCCCUUUGUGAGCCCCGCAUUUCCACAGAUAACGGACGUGAGACCGGCGCUGUACGGGAUAAGCCUGCGACCCCGCUACCUGCCGGCCAUUGUGGAAGUGAUCAAGCACUACCGCUGGAAGAGCAUCCUGUACCUCUACGACUCUGACGAUGGCCUGCUGAAACUGCAGCACCUAUUCCAGCUGACGACAGACCGGUACCACCUGGAGGUGAAGGUUGUCACGCGCGUGCAGAACGCGUCCGAUGUGCACCGCUUUCUGCGACGUCUGGAGGACCGCGACCGCGAGUCGCGCAAGUACGUCGUGCUAGACUGCAGCGCCGAGACGACGCGCCAGAUCAUCAUCAGCCACGUCAGGGACCCGUUCAUGGGGCGCCGAAACUACCACUUCCUGCUCACCAGCCUUAUUAUGGACGAAUUCCAAAACAAUCCAAGCCUGGAGUUUGGCGCCGUCAACAUCACCGGUUUCCGGCUAGUCCAGAACACAACGCCUCCUUACAAAGAAGUCUUUACAGAGCGCAUCUCUAAGAUUCCUUGGCCAGACCCUAAGAAGAAGAGAAUAUCGGCCGACGCGGCCCUCAUGUACGACGGUGCCAAGGUGCUUCUGCACGCCUUCAAGCAGCUCCUGCGAGACUACCCGAGCAUCUUCAGCAAGAACUUCAGGCGCGGCGAGGUCUACAAUAACAACACCCGAGGCAUCGACUGCCGCCGCGAGAAGGUCAUGCCUUGGGAACACGGCGAAGAGAUCGCCAAACGCAUUCGCUCGACGAAGAUCAAAGGGCUGACUGGAAACGUCAGUUUUGACGACCGAGGCUUCCGAGUCAACUACACCAUCGACGUGGUCGAAAUGACAAUAAACAGCGAGAUGGUAAAGAUCGCCGAGUGGUCGGACCUAAAAGGGCUCAAGCUUUCGUCGCCGAAGUACCGUCGAGUCUACCAGGACACGGGCUUCGAGAGCAACAAGACCUACAUCGUGACCAGCAUUCUGGAAGAGCCCUAUCUGAUGUACAAGAAGCCCGAGCCGGGCCAGGUGCUCACGGGCAACGACGUGUUCGAGGGCUACUGCAAGGACCUGGCCGACCUCAUUGCCGACAACCUCAAGUUCAACUACACGCUUAAGCUGGUCAACGACUCGAAGUACGGUGGUCAAGACGCCAACUCGCAGGCCGGAUGGAACGGGAUGGUCGGCGAGCUCAUUCGCCAGGAGGCCAACAUGGCGAUCGCGCCUCUGACCAUCACCUCGGCCCGGGAACGGGUGAUCGACUUCACCAAGCCCUUCAUGUCGUUGGGCAUCAGCAUCAUGAUCAAGAAGCCCAUGAAAAAGAAGCCCGGCGUGUUCUCCUUCAUGAACCCGCUGUCGCGCGAGAUCUGGAUGUGCAUCAUAUUCGCCUACGUGGGCGUCUCGGUGGUGCUCUUCCUCGUCAGCCGGUUCUCGCCGCGCGAGUGGCGCUACGAGGAGACCUUCGUGGGGCCCUCGGUGUCCAACGACUUCUCGCUCUACAACAGUCUCUGGUUCUCCCUGGGCGCUUUCAUGCAGCAGGGAUGCGACAUCUGCCCCAGGUCCGUGUCGGGCCGCAUGGUGGGCAGCGUUUGGUGGUUCUUCACGCUCAUCAUCAUCUCAUCGUACACGGCCAAUUUGGCCGCCUUCCUGACCGUCGAGCGGAUGGUGACGCCCAUCAACUCGGCCGACGACCUCGCCAAGCAGACCGAGGUCGAGUACGGCACGUUAUGGUACUCCUCCACGCAAGAAUUCUUCAGGAGAUCAAAAAUAGCAGUCUACGCCCGCAUGUGGGAGUUCAUGAACUCCAACAGCCGGGUGUUCACCUCGUCGUACGAGGAAGGCAUUCGGCGCGUGCGCGAGUCCAAGGGCAAGUACGCCUUCCUCAUGGAGUCCACCAAGAACGACUACAUCAACGAGCGCCAGCCCUGCGACACCAUGAAGGUGGGCGGGAACCUGGACGCCAAGGGAUACGGGGUGGCAACACCCCUCGGAUCUACACUCAGGGACCGCCUUAACCUGGCCGUGCUGACUUUCAAAGAGAACGGAGACCUGGCGCGCCUCGAGAACAAAUGGUGGUACGAUAGGAGCGAGUGCAAGACGGGCGACAGCAAGGAGUCGACACAGAACGAGCUGACGCUGAGUAACGUCGCCGGAUGCUUCUACAUUCUCAUCGGUGGCCUCGUGCUAGCUAUGGUGGUGGCCCUGCUUGAGUUCUGCUAUAAGUCGAGGCUGGAGGCAUCCAGAUCUAAGAUGAGCAUGUACGACGCCAUGAAGGCAAAGGUCCGCAUGUCAAUCACAGGCACGCAGAAUGGAGACCGCGGCAUAGACCAUGGAGAGCGAGGAAGGCUCUAUAAUCCGGCGCCUAACCUAGGUCAAGUUGACGGCUUCGGGGAGUACCCGGGAGUCAACACGCACACUCAAGUCUAAAACUGCAAGUUUCUUUUUGGCACGGUGUCACGCAAGAACGCUAAGCGCGCGUGCGCACAGAGCGAUUCCGGGAGCGUGUUCUCGCGCGAGUACGAUGAGACGGCGAAAAAGAGAUCGAUCCGAGACGCCUGGACCGCCUCCGGCGUCAACGACAACGGGAGCAACCACCGUGCCAUGAAGCGACGUGGGCUGCGUCUCCUUCCCCGGGAUCCCUCACCGUUUGUGUGCGGGGGACACUCUCGGGGCUCGUCGUGUAUGCGUGAAUGUGAAUGCUUUCUCACGCGUUGGCCGUUGGGACCACUUAUAUUCCUCGGCGCUAAAAGAAACUCCUGUUUGUUGGCUGCGUUUCAUUGAUUUGUUGUUUCCUGUUUCACGAUGGUCGCGAAGUGCUCAAGGGUUCUUACUUUGCUUGUUUUUCUCUUAUGUACCCUAGUAACAUGCUGUCCAUACAAUUAGAAUUUGUGUGUCGAUCGUCGAUUCCCAUCACCUCUUCGUUCCUUCCUUUCUCUCUUUCUUUCUUUCUUCCUUCCUUUCUUUCUUUUUCUCUUUCUUUCUUUCUUUCUUUCUUUCUUUCUCUCCUUUAUCAUUUUUUUUAUUUUAUAUUAUUUGUUUGCGUGAGUCAGCGUUGGUAUUCUGCAAAUCAACAAAAUUGUGGGAUACACGAACAGCACAAACUGCUCAACUUGUUCUAGCAAGGUGUCUCAGUUUCAAAUUGUUCUCUGGGAAUUAAAAUAUGAAGAAAAAAGAACAUGUGGGCCCAAAUUCCCGCGUGCGUAAACAAAGAAUCGCAGCCUUUGAGCAUUACGUGCGUAGCCUUAGCAUGAUCUUAACGUGCAACUUUUUUUUUUAAAUCCCGCCUUUUUAUCAUGCUUAGGACGUCCAGGGUCUGUAAUUUACUUUGACAGUUGAGAUAACAAUGGCUGACAUAGGCGAAGGCCAGAAAUAAACAUGAUAUCGCGCUAUUGAACCCCUUCUGUUUGUUAGUUUCUAUCAUUCUGACAGCGCGCAUUCCCGUUUCGGCGUGCUUAUUCGCCGGAUGACGCUAUCAGGCGCUUCACGCCAUCAUAUUCACGCAAGCGCUCUUUACAACCAUAGCAAAACAGGCAUUUUUGUAUCCAGACUUUUUUUAGUUGUCCCGUGUUUUUUGUGGCAUUUAUAAUUAUGCAUCGAUACCAACAAGCCUAGUUUUAUACCUUGCCACCGAAGGGAUCUGAUGUGGAAUAAGGCAGUCUCGUGAAGCUCGCACAUUUAGGAGAGGCCCUCUUCAGCUAAUUCUGCUACUGACAAUUUGUAUUUCUUUUGUUUAUUCUAGCUUCAUUAGACAGUUGAUGACAUCGCAACCAUGGGAUGGGAUCUCGAUUUUUUAAGAGCGCUACAAACAAUUGAUUACAUUUCUUUUAAUACGACCGGUUCAAACCGAGCACCGAGUGGCAUAAGAUAAGCUGAGCAGCAGUACUUGUUACACCGCGAGAAACCAAAGGUGGCGUUUUUUUGUCAUUUACACGUAAGUAGUUAAAGCAGAUACACGGUACAAGAGAGAGAAAAUAAUGCAGAGAAAGGCAGGGAGGUUAACCAGAGGUAGUUCCGGUAGGCUACCCUGCGCAGGGGGAAGGGUUAAGAGGGAUAAAAAGAGAAACAGAGUAGAAGGGGGAGAUAGAAAGAAAGGGAGACAAGCACGAACAAAGCGCGUACACUACAGAGCACUACAGAGCAGUAGUGCUGAGAGGAGGACAAGUAAGAGUGAAAAGAAGAGUAGGAAAAGAGACAGUUAUUUGCAGUGUUAAAAAAAUAAAGGUUGCACGAGAGGGGUUGCCACGUGCACGGUCAGUUCUACCCUUGCAUGGCUUCAGGCGGUGCGUGCAAUUUAUGUACCCAGAUCAGGCCUAUUGCAGAGCCGUAUACGCUGCUUCCUGUUUCACGCAGCUUCACAAGCGCCCACUAAAGGUACAUUUUCCUUUCCUUUCUUUUCUUUUUUUUCUUUUCUGUUCUGUACGCUAAUUUUAUGUGUUGGCCGUGUCCCACAGUUCCCAUCGCCACAUGGUAAUUGUUAGAAAUCGUUCACGUUUUCUUUCUCUGUGUGUGUUUACAUGUUCCUUUUUAGCACAUGUCUGUCUGAAAACAAUGCAGGGAUUAUGAGCUAUAUUUCCCCAGAGAAUGUUCAGCACUGCUGCAUUUACUUAUUUCUAGAGGAUAUGAAGGCAUCUCAACUGUCCGGCACCCUGGAAAAGUGGUGUUCGCCAGUUGUGGAAAGCUCCACUUAUUGCUUGCGCUGUGUUAAAGUUACGCGCUACAAGAAGGUUAAUGACAAUUGACGAAAAAAAUUUUUACGCGAGAUGACUCCGAAAUCCGUGAUAUUUGAAGAGAGCGUGCGUGUUCAAACUGAAAAAUAUACGCUAUAUAUAACUCCGAUUAUUGAAAAAAAAAAUCCCGCGACGCACGCGAUGGACACUUACUCUUUACUCCUAAGUCGCAAAAAAUGAGAUUUCAUUUCGCUGGUUGCAAAGUAUGCCUCACUGCAUUUCAUAUUGUAUGUGGAUGUUCUUUUCGUAGUGUUAUUUUUCUGUUCCUUGCUUCUGAAAAAUAUACCGCAGACACAUUUCCAAGAUAUUUCGUAGCUUCGUGUAACCCCCAAUCAGCUCUAGAUAUCUAUUACAAUUCCCUGCACAUUGUAAUUUUCUUUCAUCGUGCAUAGUCCCCUAUCUGCACCUGCCCCGUUGACCGUGCUUGUUCCGCGACAAAAUUUCUUGUGAGUAUGCGUAAGAAAGAGAAAUGUAAGAAUACCCGCGCUUUUAUACAGCCGCUCUUGAUUGUCUGUACGGGCAUCAUGGAGUGCUUGGCACGUCGUUGCAACGUGCUUAUGUUUACUUCAACACAGAGCCAACUGGAACAAAGGUGUUUUUGUUACCCAUCUCGUCGGCAAGUUGCUCGCCUCCAUGGUUAACAAACGUAGCACACACUCUACUCCCUCGCAAUGCUUAGAGUUUGGUCAAUCGCGUUUGUAGGAUAGAGGCAAGCAAGUGCGCGCUGCAUACACUCUUAAGAACCAUGGGGUGCUGGCGAGUCCUGCGGCGAGACUUCCUAAUUAUUCCAGUGCUGUCAACUUCCUCGAUCGGAAGUAAUAUGCGGGGUACAUAUCUGACUUCAUUUUCAAGAAUGUUCCACUCCCCAACGGUGUUAUUUCACGUUGAUUAUGCCCAGUGAAGUUAACGUACACUCUACCGCGAAGUCACAUGGCCUCUCGAGCUUGUUGAAGGCCUACUGGCACUUAUUUACGUAGUUGUGUAAACCUCACCGCAGGCGUUGCCCAAGUAUAGAAGGAUCAAAGUUGGCAAGUAAAGAUGUUGGAAAACAUAACGCACUUUAAUUUGAUACUAAAGUCGUAUCGCAAUGCCGGACCUGGAGUCAUCGUCAAGACACAGAGCGAGAUUCGCUGACGUCGUGUACCAAUAAGGAUAUGUAUGGUCAUGUCACUAAAGAGUAAUAAUAAACAAGGGUUGUGCGCGCGCUUCACGUUUCGCUCGCUUGUAGCAGACGCAGCGAUCACAAGAAUGUAGAGAGCCAGUGUAUCGUGACACCAUGACACACGCACGUCCUGAAUAGUGAAACCGAAACUAUGCUCUCAUUCGCAAAUAUCUCUAGGUUACAGGUCAAUAGCCAAGAACAGUCACGAACAAAAGCGUCUGUGAACUCGGCCCCGGCUUCGUAAAAAUAUGUAUCAUAGCAAAGUAUUUAGGGUGCUCUAGCUCUUACCAGUACUUUUUCUUAACAUUAAGAUGGUUUGAACUUCCACGCAAACAAAAUAAUGACGAGUUGAAAAUCUCUUGUCGGUACUCUUUUAUGUAUGGAACAAGCAGCUAGUGCCGCCAAAGGGUUUGCCCGCGCUCUCUUGGUUCGUAGUGUGUACGCGAAACUUAAGUAUCGCAGAGCUUCUAUCACGGUUGCGCUCUUGUGCUCGUGCGUGCAUGUGCGUGUAUGAGUGUAUGUUGUUACAUAGCAAGUUUAUGCCACUAGUGUAAUAAUAAGCGUCUGUUUUUAACGUUGUUCAGUAACCAAAACAACUCCGCGGUGCUUCGACAUGACACCAACAUAUCCUCCAAUGCACAGUGAACAAAAUAUUGUACAGCGAGUUCGUGUACUCUUGACCCUCCUCCGGCUGCCGUCGGAUGGUCCCACGUGACCCCGACGAAAGCGUGUAGUGCAGACAAGGCCACCGUUGUAAAUACUACCAUCGCUGUUUUUCACGAGUUGUUGCCGUUGUCCCCAGCCACCCAUUUUUAACGUGGUGCCCACACCUUCUACUCCGUGUAUAGCUCGUGUAAGACAUCACGUUGCCUUCGUGAAAGCUUCCCAGCGUCGCUGGUUCAUUUCCACUCACCCGCCAUGCCUGUCUCAAAAACUGUAUGAGUAAGCGAAAGUGCUAAAAAAUUCUAUAUAUACAACUUACAUGCAGAAAGCCCCAGACAAUGCAUGACAAAUCUUCCUUUCGACUUCACGCUUGUCAAGUCAUACCUUAGAUCAUGCAAACCAUUCAUUUAGCAGAGACUGUUAUCUUUGUGUGGCAAUGGUUCCAUUUACCCAUGCGCGAGUCCUUCCACGUGUUGUGUACCCUUGUGUGGAGCUCAAAUGUUUACCACAAGAUAUAACGUAAGAUUAACAAGUGGCAUUCUUCUUAUCAUGUUUACUUAUAUAGCGACUAGAAAAAAAAACGAGAGAAAGAAACAUACAGGUGAAACGUCUUGUCAUGCUGCACAUGCCCAUCCAUGACUCAGCUGUAUGUAACCAAACGUAGAAAGUGCUGUUGAAACAAUAAUUUCUUCUCGAUUUCCUAAUCACUUUAAUUUCCUGAGUCACUCGAAGCUCUGAAGUUAUGUGCGUCACUCCCGGUUUUGUACGUGUUCACGCGUGUUGCGCAGCCGGAUUAGGUCACUGUUUAUUUUUAUUUUGUUUCUCCGAGAAAUGAGUGUGUAAUACGAAAGCAGUCAUAUGACAUGCAGGCACUCUCACACUGCUGAGAUAAUAAAUGCAGAGUGCAGUUGGCACGGAAGGAGGUUGGAAUCCAAGUAUGGUGUUUGUGGUUGUGUUUUACCUCUGAUCCAGUUAAUAAAGCAAAGAAAGGCUCGUAAUACACGAGGUGUUAGGAGGCUUUGAAGGUUUGUGCUUAAGCAAUCAAGUCAGUAAGGUGAUUUCAGUGGCAUGAGGUAUGUUAUUUCAUUCGAACACAAUCCUGGCAGAAUCAGUGAAGGGCGCGGGCAGCUUGCUAUCGACAGCAAAGGAUUGGGGUCCACGGCGGUCAUGGAAACAAGAAAUUUAUUUGCAGAUAGAAUAUGUACCCAAAAUUAUCUUCAAAAUAAUCUAGCGCUGCCGUGAAAUCUACUAGACGGCCUCUAGCACUCUAGACCGCUUCUGAGAGUGCGAUCGAGACUGAGCAGACAACGCUUAGGAACGCGCGCUUGCGCGUGUUUUCGCUCCUGCUUGACUCGCGCUAUCUCUAGCGCUCACUCAGUGCUGAAUUACUCUGAAACAAAGUAGACGCGCCCUUUUCUCCCACUUUCCUUUUUUCUCGCGGGUGCUACUAUGACAAUUUUAGGCUCCGCGCUCAGGUCGGUCAAAUUUUUCGUUUAUGCUGGUUAGCGUGGUCCGUAAGCUUUUGCUCGCGAUAGUUACACACAUGGCAACUGACAGCACACCCGCAAUCCACACAGUUUUUCCGUGCCCACCGUUCGCCGUUCGCUCACGGAGGCCGCACGUGCAGCCCUCAAUUACCACGUGUGCGAGGAGGGUGCAAGAGAGGCCAAACAAGAAUGCACCCAAUUUAACUGCGGGUCUGCUCACGUCACCUCACGUCCGCACGUCACAUGCGAUGAGGGUGGACUAGUAGAUGACGUGCGGAAUCUGGCUCGUGGCAUCCUUGAGUUGUGCUAAGAGCGCAGAACGACCUUUUUUUAUAACGUUACAAUAUGUUACCUAAACGUUUAUCUCCGAGAGACGGGUCUGAGCCGUAGUCGGGAAGAGGCAACGCGAAAGCAACGGGAAAGCGGCAAGCGUCACCUGCGUCCGAACGCAGCGCAGACGUCGUCUACAGAAAUAGGUUAGAUAGGAAAAAAGGCGAACCAGGAUAACCUGCGACACCCGUUGGCGUGUUUUGUGACUGCGCUUGUUUGCUAUGUGGACAAAUUUCGAAAUGUUUAAGACAUGAUAUAUGUGGCGACGGUCUAGCUUCGCCAUGGCGUCACGGUUAUACGCGCGAAGCGAUCACCCUCCACAAACUUGGCAUCAGCUGUCGGGAGCGAAGGUGCUCAGUACCGGCAAUUCCAGCCCAGUCCUCAAUGUCUUUCUUUUUUCUUCUUCUUUUUUUUUCUUCUGAAAGAGUACAAACCGCAUAGAUGAGAAAUUGCACAUGACACUUGACGAUGCCGGACCUUCUGUGAAAUGUUGUUCAGUCGUGAUUAGAGCACGAGACUUGCUACGAGAGAAUCGUACGGUGAGCCUUCGUAGCUAACGAUAAAUCAAUGUCGCGAAGCAUUGUUCUGUACCAUUGUUGUCGUAACAAAGAAAAAGUAAGAGAGAGACAAAGCCGGGGCACACCACGGACCAAUCUCGUCGAGGCAUUGUGAUGACAAGAAGCUGCCCCGCAAUGCGUGUCCGCAGCAGGUCUCGACAAUUUGUGAACGCGAGUUUCCUUGGAGUCCACUUCAGUGGAGGUGCAGUGGUCAAUAAACUGUUAUUUCCAAAA